GCCACCAUGUCCAGCCUAUGAAUGGGUUAUAAUUCAUUUUUUCGUGGUCUGUAUUGGUGCUGAAGUUGUAAUUCAUAGACCAUAAAAUUCACACUUUUAAAGGAUGCAGUUCAGUGGUUUUAGUAUAUUCACAAAAUUGUGUAACCAUCACCACUGUCUAAUUCUGCAACAUUUUUAUCACCCCAAAAAGAAGUCCUGAACCCACUGGCAGUCUGUUCCCUUUUCCUGCAGCCCCGAUAACCGCUCAUCACCUUCCCUCUCAGAUUCGCUUAUUCUGGGCACAUCAUAUAAAUGGAAUCAUACAGUACGUGGUCUUUUACAACUGACUUUUCUUACUUAGGAUGUUUUAAAGGUUUGUCCAUGAUUUAGCUGGUGUUAGUACCUCAUUCCUUUUUGUGGCCAAAUAAUAAUCCCUUGUAAAUAAUCCAUUGUACGGAAAUAGCACAUUUUCCUCAUUCAUCGGUCGGUGGAUAUUUUGGUUGUUACCACUUUUUGGCUGUUGUGAAUAAUACUGCUGAGAACUUUUGUGCACAGGUUUCGGUGAGGUCAUGUCUUGGGUCUGUAACCAGGAGCAGAGUUUCUGGGUCAUAUGGUAAAUCUGUGUUUAACAUUUUGAGGAAGUGCCAAAUGGAUUUCAAACCUGGAUAUUUUUUAAGAGUGUAAAGGGGUCCUGGGUUUGAGAACCGCUGGCCCAGCUGGAAUUCGACCAGGGGAGUGUGGAUGACUCAGGAGAGCCCCUCAUUCUUGCUCUGGGAUUGAGAUACCCUCAGCCUCAUCCCACUCUCCCUUCAGAAUGCACGUGCGGCGUCCUCACGAUAGAUCACCAAAGAUAAUCCUGUCCCUGGAGGCAAGGAGGAAGCCGGCUACACUAGACAGUGCACAGAAUCAUGAGCCUUCUGAAGAGGAGUCUUGAGGAACAGUGUUUUGCUGGAGAGACGGUUCCCACAGUGAGAUUCCAGGCAUCCAUGGGGACAACGCGUGGAGAUGUGACUCCCCUCCCCCAGCCGGGUGCCCCGAGCCAUGGCCGACACCAUCUUCGGCAGCGGGAAUGACCAGUGGGUUUGCCCCAAUGACCGGCAGCUUGCCCUUCGAGCCAAGCUGCAGACAGGCUGGUCUGUGCACACCUACCAGACGGAGAAGCAGAGAAGGAACCAGCACCUCAGCCCGGCGGAGGUGGAGGCCAUCCUGCAGGUCAUCCAGAGGGCCGAGCGGCUGGACGUCCUGGAGCAGCAGAGGAUUGGGCGGCUGGUGGAGCGGCUGGAGACCAUGAGGCGGAACGUGAUGGGGAAUGGCCUGUCCCAGUGCCUGCUCUGUGGGGAGGUGCUGGGCUUCCUGGGCAGCUCGUCCGUGUUCUGCAAAGACUGCAGGAAGAAAGUCUGCACCAAGUGUGGGAUCGAGGCCUCCCCCGGCCAGAAGCGGCCCCUGUGGCUGUGUAAGAUCUGCAGUGAGCAAAGAGAGGUCUGGAAGAGGUCGGGGGCCUGGUUCUACAAAGGGCUCCCCAAGUAUAUCUUGCCCCUGAAGACCCCUGGCCGAGCUGAUGACCCCCACGUCCGACCUUUGCCGGUGGAACCCGCAGAGCGAGAGCCCAGAGGCUCCGAGACCGGCCGCAUCUACACGUGGGCCCGAGGAAGAGUGGUUUCCAGCGACAGUGACAGUGACUCGGAUCUCAGCUCCUCCAGCCUAGAGGACAGACUCCCCCCCGCUGGGGUCAGGGGCCCGAAAGGUGACAGACCCAGGAGGGAGUCAGGUGGCAGUGUGGAGGCCCCCAGGAUGGGGUUCACGCGCCCGCCGGGCCACCUCUCGGGGAGCCAGAGCAGCCUGGCCAGUGAGAUGGGGACAGGCUCUGCCGACCUGCAGGGGGGACCCUACCCCAGGCCGACCCGAAGGGCCCCGGUAAAAGACACACCUGGACGAGCCCCCAGUGCUGACGCGGCUCCAGCUGCCGGGGCUGAGGCGUUUGGUGCCUGGAACAGACUUCCCUGCGGAGGAUUCGUGCCAGACCCUGCCCGGCUCCCACGACCGGUCCUUGUGCCCUCGCCAGCCACCCUGUUGGCCAUGACUCAACAAACCAGUGUUGGGAGCUGUCUGCCUCCCCGACCCAGUGCCUUUCUGUGCCGCUUCUCUCCCGGGGAGCUGUCUGCAUCCGCCGCCCCCUCCAACCACCGCCCUCAGCCCCUGACCUUAUUUAUUGCCCUCCCCUCCCACACCCCCAACCUACCUUGUGGUGAUUUUAAGUUUGCGUGUGUCUUGGGUUGGGCUGGGGGCUUCCCACACGCAGUGUCCGAGCGGCCGCCUGGCGGGGCUUUCUCGUUGCUGUAUUAAUGGAAGACGAAAUGCUCACGGCCUCUGAAGCUGCGUGUGGUCCCUUAGAGGCAAGCCCUGGAACCAGAGCAGUGAGCGUGGGAUUCACCCACCCUCUCCCUCUCCCUUCAGCUCUGGGAGGCAGGCGCAGCGCCCCCUCCCAUGGGCUGGCCCAGGACCGCAGGCGAAACCUGGCUCUGGUUUCUUUGGUUUUUGGAUGUUUGUUUGUUUUUGAGACAGAGUCUCGCUCUGUUGCCCAGGCUGGAGUGCAGUGGCGCAAUCUAGGUUCCCUGCAACCUCCGCAUCCCAGGUUCAAGCGAUUCUCUCACCUCGGCCUCCUGAGUAGCUGGGAUUACAGGUGCCCGCCACCACACCCAGUUCAUUUUUAUAGUUUUAGAAGGGAUGGGGUUUCUCCAUGUUGGCCAGGCUGGUCUUGAACUCCUGGUGUCAAGUGAUCCACCCGCCUCGGCCUCCUGAAGUGCUGGGAUGACAGGUGUGAGCCACCGCGCCCAGCCCUGUUAGGUUUCUUUGAAUCCCCUCAUGGCCUGCCUGGUUUUUGCUCAGCCUGUCUUCAGCUUGAGGAGCUGGGAAGCUCCGGUGGACGCUGUGAACUCACUCACUGAAGAGCAGCCUUCAGGUGCAUCCCCGGCCAGGGCACGUGCCUCCCUCCACCAUGAAUUCACUUCUCUUCAGGGGGUUUGGCUUGGCAUGAAAAUACUUCAUUCAGAGUAUGGCCAAAUGCUUCUGGAAAACCCUUCCCUGAAGAGAGAGAACGUACAUGUGUGUGUGUGUGUGUGUGUGUGUGUGUGUGUGUGGUCGGUGUUCACACCCUCCCAUCCUUCCUGCCUCCUGCCCCAAACCCUGGGUCCCUGGGUCUGGAAGGGCCUCCUCUCCAAACUGGGAGCUCCUGGGCCCCCACCAUUCACUUUUUGUCCUAGCUGCUGGCAAAUAGUAAAGAAACUCACUUUCCCUGUGGCACGUUAUGCUUCAGAAUUAAAACAAGGAAGAUUAACAUUU